AUGAGUUACUCGCGGGGUGCUACAGAGGAUCCACUCCUGGACGUGACCUUUGGUCAGCUGUUGGACGACACGGCAGCUAAAUGGCCGGACAGAGAGGCGUAUGUGUUCAAAAAGACAGGUUCACGGAUCACGUUUGCUGACAUACAAGAAAAGGCAACAAGACUGGCAGCAGGUCUUAAGGCCAUAGGUACGGCACGGGGAGAUGUAGUAGCCUGGCUCUUCGGGCACCGCCCAGAGUGCAUAUACUUGUACUUUGCCUUGGCCAAGUUGGGAGCUAUUGCGAGCCGUGUGAAGGUACUAAUCAUGGGUGACGAGUCGACGCAGCCAACUGACGGAACUACCUCAUUCCUGUUAAGCUCGUUUCCGGAAAUAAAAACAACGAAUCGAGAAAACUUUAAGAUCAAAAGAAUCCCAACGUUGACCAGUAUCGUUGUACUUGAAAACAGGGCAACAGGAAUCGGUGUCUACACCAUGGAAGAGGUGCAAACCAUGGGAAAGAACGAAACACUUCUGGCUGAAGUAAGGGCUCUGCAGGACCAGCUCAGCUGCCACGACUCGGUUACAUUGGGACUCACUUCGGGAAGUACCGGUCCCGCUAAGUGUGCCGAGCAGAGCACUUACGCUAUUCAUAACACCAUGCACUUUCUGUGCAAGGCCAUCGGUCUGCCGAAUGAGGGUACAGCACUCUACCCAUACUUACCAUUGUGGUGGGUUGUGAUCUACCCCUUCACUGCCGGCUGCACACUUGUUGUUCCUGCCAGUCUGUCCCCGUCACCUGUUGAAAUCAUGCAAAUAAUUCAGGAGGAGAGGUGCAAGUCAAUCAGCGCAAUCUUUGUGAAAGAUUGCCAUGACUUGCUGCAUAGUCCUCACUUGGAUGAAUACGACCUGUCCUCACUUGAACGAGUAUAUGUCACAGGCAACGUUGCACAAAAGAGUCUACUUGAUCACGCUGCCAAAGUUCUUCCGAAAGCAAAGAUGUUUGUUGGUUAUGGUGGCACAGAAUUCAUGACUUUGACAACAGCGGCAGCCGAGAUGGUUGUGGAAGGAAGAGGGGCCACGGUGGGCAAGCUGGUACCGCAUGCGGAGGUUGUUGGUGUGCCUGAUCCGGCCAGUGUGGAGGAGAUCUGUGCAUGCAUCAUCUUGAAGCAAGGACAAACUACAGACUCAGAGGAAAUGACAGAGUUCUGUGCAGAAAUCGGGCUGGCUCCGAUAGAAACACCCAGAUAUUUCCUCUACAUGGAAAAGUUUCCGAUGACUUCGACACAAAACAAGGUUGACCGGAAGAAGUUGAGACUGGUUGCCAUGGAGAAGUUAAGUCUGGAGGAGGCCUGA